CCGGCGUUGGCGCGUCGUCCUCUCUGCUCGCGCCCCUCGCUCGCUAAAUCCCGCCGCCACCCGAGCUCCGCCUCCUCCUCUGCCCCAUCGCCGCCGCACCCCGCCUCCUCCUCUGCCCCAGCGCCGCCGUCCCCUCCUCCAUGGCUCCCUCCUCCCUCGACGACGAGGGCGGACAAGACACAUCUGGAGGUGGUGCGUCUCGGGAAGACGUGCGAGGGCACCAGAAGUGCCUCGAGCUCCACCUCGACUUACCACCAUGGCCGCCCGCCUCGCGGCCCGCCGCCUCCUCGGCCUCGCCUCCGCCUCCGCUUCACAGUCCGCCGCCCGCCGAAUCGCUCCUUCUACGAUCUCUUCCCCCGCCGCCGCAGCCGCCACGGGAUACUUCUCCAGGACCUUCUCCUCGGCGCUUAACUACCACAUCGAUUCGCCGGAGAACAGCCCGGACAUGCCGUGGGAGUUCACAAAGAUGAACAUGGAGAAGGUCAAGGAGAUUCUAUCUCAUUACCCGAGCAACUACAAGCAAUCUGGUAUCAUCCCAAUGCUUGAUCUUGCACAGCAGCAGCAUGGUGGAUGGGUCCCAGUUGCAGCAAUGGAUGCUAUUGCUAAAAUUGUCGAAGUUGCGCCGAUCAGGGUCUAUGAAGUUAUCUUGUGAAUGUUGCCUCUUUAUAUAUGCUUGCUGACGUCUCUUCUUUGGGAAAUAUUUAGUGCCUCUAAAUCAACGAUGAGAGUUGAAUCAAAGCCAGAUGAAGUUUCGGUGAAGAGAACAAGAAAAGAUGAUGGCUUUGCCUGACCUCGCACAUUUAUUUUUGGUCUAUGCCUACAAGUUGUUUGAUAUAAAUCCAACCAGGAAUUUGGCCCGUUGUUCUUUCAUUUGUUCAUCUCUAGACCCACUCCAUCGGGUAAUAAUUUCCUUGCAGCCCAAUAUUUUUCCCAUCCACUCUGUCAGUUCCUUUCCUGACAUGAUACUCUUAUUUGCAUGGUCAAGUUCAGUUUCUUCUACAGUGAAUUAUGGGAGAACAAAUGGAACCAAUUCACCACUUGGUUCAUUGGGUUGAUCCCUCUUUUCUUUCAUCCAUUUUUACUUGCACUUUGUAGUGUUUACAGCUGGCAAUUACAGUGCAUUAUAGAACAAGAUGACAUUAACAUUAGAUCUCAACUGUAACAAAAGGCCACCCAAUAUAGUUUGUUGCAUGCAGAAUUUACAUGAAAGGUGAUUUUUCUCCACCUCUUGAAUAUGUAUUAUUAUAUUUUGCUCAGUAUUCCCUAAAAUUUUAAACUUCUGAGAUUGAUCUUUUUCAAUGUUCUAACAAUUGUUAUCUGUUCGUAAUUUCCUGGUGUUUGCUAUGAUUCAUAAAAUCUAAAAAAAUAUUACUGGCCCCGCAUAUGUACAUGGGUCUCAUGGGAUCGUGCGCCAAGGAGCACCAAAAUUCAUAGCCUUUUAGCACUGUGUUACAACUAUUAUCUUCCUUUUAGCACUGGCAGUUACAGCUUUUUUUUUUCUUCCAGUAUGUUGGCAAAAUAUUUUCUUCCUCAGAUGCAUUUUAUAGUGAUGCUUAAACGAUCAGAGACAGUAUUGGUCCAUGUUAGCCUUUUAGCACUUUGUGUUACAACUAUAAUCAAUUGUCUUUCUAUGUGGGUUAACUUUGCUGCUAGCCUUAGGCAUUUUCCCAUAGUCCCAUACCACAUAAAUAUUUUGAGGUAGUACUAAUUUCAAAUCUUGCAUCUGCCACAGAUAGUUCAUGUCAAAUAUUAAUUCGAAUUUACUUUUACAUUUGCAGCUUCCUGUAUUAUUGUUUCUGGAGCAUGAACUUUCCCUGUAUCAAGACCAUGGUGUUUUCCAUCUUCUUGAAGGUUGUUGCUACUACUAUUUUUUAUUUGGUUCUUCUUUAAUUUUAGUUUAGAAUUGUACCAUCUGCCGGAGUCCUUUAUUUAUUUUUCUUUGCUGCAACAUGUAGCCUGGUUUAGGCAUAUUUCACUUUAUCACUCAACCAUUCUGAGAAACUUUUCUACUAAUGCGAAGAUCUACUGGCUUUGGUACAUUCAGUCUUGGCAAAACAGUUACAAAUAGUUAUUUAUUUAUAGUUUGUUCAAAACAAACCACAUUGCUGAUGCAUGCAGCAUUUUUAUACAACUGAUUUUAUCGUCAUCUCCCAUUUCAAGGUAUUAUUUAAAUUUUGAUGCAUCUCAUUGUCUUCAGGUUGCAGAAUAGCUUCUUAUGCUUGAGACAAUCUCAAACAAAACUACUGAAUUUCUCUUUGAAAUUUUACCUUCCAUGUACUGUCUUGAUAGUCAAUGAACAACAAAAAAUUUAAUGCAAGUAUCGCAAUCGCAUUGGAUGACUAACGUUUUGCUGGCUUUUACCCAAUGCCCUGAUUCCGCAUUGCUGACUGCUAUGCGACCUAACCGGCUUGGAUUAUAUUUUCAUGAUCUGCUAGGUGUUGCUGGCUGACAGGUUUGGAGCAACUGAUGUUAGGUCUUCAAUAUAAUUUAAACAUACAAUUCCUAACUCUUAUCAAGAUACACUGAAGAAUUGAGGUAAAUGAUUUGUUUGUGAAUGAUCCUGGCGAUUUUCGAGUGCUCUGACCAAUUGCUGCACCAAGCAUCAGUACAUGCCCCACCGCCUCUACCCCUUCAGAGCUUGCACAAGAGGAGCCUGCAUCCAUGUUACUUAUUGUGUAGUGGUAGUUUAAAAGAUUUUUACCCUGGCCUUGGAUUUCUCCUUCCCGACGAGCGCGGCGGGGGCAACCACAGACAAGGUGACAAUGGAGUCGUCACCUCCGGUCAAGUCGUACGGGGACCAGGAGGCAGGAAUAUGCUGCGGCGGCCUUAAAAUCCCCAACAGAUAAAGUGGAUGAUGGAUGACAGUGAUCAACAGAUUAGAAACUUAGCGAGAAGCCGAAAGCUGAUACAGAGCUUUGACAUGUGUCUUCUGCAAAAAAAAGUCGCUUUUGACACGCCAUGUGCUUUUCACCCUGGCUGCAUAGUAUGUUAGAUUAAUUUAUGUGCAAUGGCUUCAGUUAAGUUUUUUUGGUUGCUUUUGACACAUCACGUGUUGUCACCUCCUGAAUUGUAAACCCUCGAAGUAUCUAUUCUAAUUUCAACUAUUAGGCAUGUUAUUUGGCAUUGAAA